AGAUCUGAGCAUGCGCUGUGUUGCAGAGUCUGCAAAGCUGUCUCUGGAGAAGGUCUUUGUUGAGGACCAGCGAAAGAAAAGGAUUGGACUGUUCGCUGUAAUGUUUUAUUGAAUCGGAAAUACUGGAAACAUUGACACACGCAGUUGUCAAUGAUCGUGUAUUGUCAUUUUGUUAAUACUUAAUUUAUUUAGUUCAUUGCGACUGAGCGAAGCUGGCUUUCCUCUGUAUACAAACAAACCUAAGGCUAACAAUUUAAGGUGGCACAUCAAAGAUUUUUUUGACACAGUCAUUUUCUGAAUAUAAUAGGGUCAACGCUGUAGUAAAUACUGGGAAUAAUGAAUUGCUGAAAGGAGCUGGACUCCUUCAUAUUUCACUUGCUAACAUGAGAGAAGAAAGUCAUUUCACGGGAAAGAAGCUGAUGGCAAGCGAAAGAAGGGGUCAACUUUCCUGCUGUCUCGACUAUACGGAGGAGAAAGUGACAGCGAAGAGAAGCGACCUGCGACAAUACGGCCCUUUUCAUUUGAUCUCGAAGUAAAAUUUGGUCUGGAGACAUGGAGACUGUGGGGAAAUUUGAGUUCAGCAGAAAGGACUUGAUAGGGCAUGGCGCCUUUGCAGUGGUGUUCAAAGGAAAACACAGAGAGAAACAUGACUGGGAGGUGGCAGUAAAAUGCAUUAACAAGAAGAACUUGGCCAAAUCUCAGACUCUUUUAGGAAAAGAGAUCAAAAUACUAAAGGAAUUAAAACAUGAGAACAUCGUUGCAUUACAUGACUUUCAGGAAACAGCCGGUUCUGUGUACCUGGUCAUGGAGUACUGCAAUGGGGGUGACCUGGCAGACUAUCUCCACUCUAAGGGAACCCUUAGUGAGGACACCAUCAGGGUGUUUCUGCAGCAGAUAGCAGGGGCCAUGAGGGUGCUGCAGACCAAGGGGAUCAUCCACCGUGACCUCAAACCCCAGAACAUCCUGCUCUCCUACCCUGCAGGUCGCAAGUCACACUCCACCAACACCUGCAUCAAAAUAGCUGACUUUGGGUUCGCCCGAUACCUCCAGAGCAACAUGAUGGCAGCUACAUUAUGUGGGUCCCCCAUGUACAUGGCUCCGGAAGUCAUCAUGUCUCAGACCUACGAUGCCAAGGCUGACCUGUGGAGCAUAGGAACCAUCGUGUUCCAGUGUCUGACCGGGAAGGCCCCUUUUCAGGCCAGCAGUCCUCAGGACCUUCGGUUGUUUUAUGAGAAAAACAAGAACCUCAGCCCUAACAUCCCCAGAGAGUCCUCAUGCCACCUGAGGCAACUGUUACAGGGUCUCCUCCAGCGCAACCACAAGGACCGCAUGGACUUUGACGAGUUUUUUCGUCACCCUUUCCUGGAAGCCAGCUCAUCGAUGAAGAAGACGACUCCUGUUGUUACCAUGACUGGCUUUCCAAGCUCACCAUCAGCUAGUUCUUGUAGCAGUUCCUCCACUUCACACCUGGCUUCACCUCCGCAGUCCCUGGCUGAGGUCCAGCAACACCGUGCCAAGCCCCUGGCCUCCCCUACCCAGGAUGCACCAGGCUUCCUCCUCAAGGACUCGUCUGGGGGGGGCGGCAGCAGCAAGAACUCCUCCUGUGACACCGACGACUUUGUCAUGGUUCCCGUUCACUUUCCCACUGGAGAGCUGACAUGUGAAGAGCCUUCUGGGAAAAUGCUGCAGGACAGCCUGAUGACCAGCAGCUCUCUUCUGGCCUCUUGUGGGCUGGGUAGCCAAGGCAAGACUCCGCCCCUGUCUCCCUCCAACAGUGGGGCCCCCUGCCCUGUCAGGCCAAGCGAGUUCUCGGCAAGCAACUGUGGUAACUAUGGAAACUAUCGCCAGUCGGUGCCCAUUCCAGUUCCCACUCAGGUCCACAACUACCAACGUAUGGAACAGAAUCUACACUCCCCCAGCCAGGAUAGUUCACCCAGGCUGUCCACCCAGGUGCACCGCUGCAGCAGUAGAGGCUCCCUGGGAGUCGUCAGGACCGGCCCAUCUCCAGCUUACUCAGCGGGCCACGGGGCAGCCGCGACCCCCCGCAGACUCUCAGCAGGCGGGGCCCGGCCCUUCCAGCUUUCCCCUCAAGCUCCCCAAUUCCAUGACUCCCGGACGCCCUCACAGCGGCAGCCAGGCCUGGGCACCCGGCUCCACAGCGCCCCCUGUCUCCUGGAGUGCGCCCGCGGCAGCAGGCAGAAGAUCAAGAAGCAGCACUCGGACCCAGUGGGGGUCACCCACGCAGGCUUGAUGGCGGUCCGACCCCUGCACUCCUCUCCCAGGCUGAGCGAGCUCAUGCAGCGGAGCCCCCUCCCCACCAUCCUGGGCUCCCCCUCCAGGACUAUCCCUCCGUUCGAGUUCCCCAAGCCCCCCAGUUCCCCCAACCUGGUGACCUUCCUGGCCCAGCAGGGUCUGGUCCUGGGAGCUGUUGGUGGCAGGCCUUCCUCUGACCAGAGAGAGCUCGCUCUUCCCCCUGGUGGCCAGGCCACUCAUUACAUCGCCAUGGUGGAGGACGGCAAGGGCUUUUGCAGGUCCCAGAGUGCCGGCCGUCUGUCUGACAUGCUGCUAAUGGCUGCCUUCGGGACACCACCUGGUGACAGGGACAGCACUGAGAACCUCAGCUCUGACCGAGCCAUCGACAUCAUAGCGCCCCCUGGUGGUGGCGGAGCAGUGGUGGCAGGCUCUGGAAGUCCAGCUAAGGUGGUGUUCACAGUGGGCUCCCCAUCCAACAGUAGCACACCGCCCCAGCCAUCUCGCAACAGGAAGUACUCCGGCUCCUCCAGCUCUGUCAGCCCAGCCGGGUCCUUCACCAGCCGUCACCCUCAGACGGGCCCCUAUCUGGAUGGCUUCGAGGGCUCCUCCAGCCCGCGCUACAGCUUCACAGACCCAAUCACGGCCAACAUGGGGGGCCCCGUCACCUUCGAGGCCCCCGAGCUGCCAGAGGAGACCCUGAUGGAGCAGGAGCACACUGACACCCUGCAGAGGCUGCGCUUCACCCUCAACUUCGCCCGCUGUCUGAUGGAGGUGGCUUGUUCCCGGGGGUCUGGAUGUGAGCCCGGUCCCACGGAGGGCCAGGAGGACACCCCUCCCCCCUCACUGCUCCAGCAGCAGAGCCUGGUAGCUGACCAGAUCAGCUCCCUGAGCCGUGAGUGGAGCCAUGCCGAACAGCUGGUGUUGUACAUGAAGACUGCCGAGCUCCUGUCUUCAGCCUUACACACGGCCAUGGGACAGGUGAAGCAGGGCAAACUCUACCCUUCUUCCACGGUCAAACAAGUGUUGAGGAGGCUCAACGACCUCUACAAGUGCAGCGUGUCUUCGUGUCGCGUGCUCAACGGCCGGCUGGAGCGCUUCUUCUCCAGGAAGCAUCGACUCAUGGACCACAUCAACACCAUUACAGCGGAGAAGCUUCUCUUUAGCCACACUGUACAGAUGGUCCAGGCAGCUGCACUGGACGAAAUGUUCCACCAAGGGGAGGCGUCGAUCCUCCGCUACCACAAGGCCCUGCUGCUGAUGGAGGGCCUGUCCCUGCUGCUGACGGAGCAGACUGACAUCCUCAGCGUCAGCAAGUGUAAGGAGUGCAUUGAGCGUCGCCUCACCGCUCUGCAGUCGGGGCUUUGCGUUUGAGGAUGCUGCAGUGCACCCUGGGAUGCUUUUAUCGCGAUGUCAGUCGUCAACACAGCUACCGUCACCGUCCCCAGUUCAUCUAAUCGACCCCUCCUUCACACCAUCUUGGUAUCCCACUCCACAUUCCACAUUAUGGUCUCUGAACCGGACAUGGGACAGGUGACAAUGGUCAUGGAGGGGAACAGAGACCGGAUCCGCACUGGACCAAUAUUGGAGACUUGACUGCCUCAGAGCAUUAAAGAGGACCCGUUCCCCCGGAUGGAUUAGUGUCCAUGCAGUUCGACAGCUUUAUGAAGUCUCAUACUCACAGACUACUACGUCCUAGGGGGGCCCUUCAGCCGUCGUUGCGAAACAGACACAGGCACACAAUUUGGUCCCACCAGUGAGUAGGCGCAAAGCAAUCAGUAACGAUUAGUCAUUAAUUAGGCCACUGGCUGAGAAAACUCAGUUGAGACUUUUUUGCGCGAGAUAUAUCCUUCUUUUGUUUGGCUUUGAGGUCAUCAUAAAUGGUGUCGUUAUUUCAUUGGAAGCUUACCUUUGGAAUUUCUGAUAUUUUGCAUUACAAACCUGAUUGUGGCAUACAUUUAUGAAGUCACAGAAAUUACAGUCGUUAGCUUUUAAGUUGUUUGAAACCAAAAGUAAGAUCAAUUCUAGUGACAGACCUAGAAAAGUCAUUGUGGUGGGAGUCCUUUAUCUUUCCACAUUUGGCUUGUGAUCGACUCUAUUGGCCAUAUAAAGGUCGAUGUGUUUCCUUCAGCCCAUUAAUAUGGAGCGAGAGAAUGUACUGAGGGACUAAAGCUACAGUACUUUGAUACAGACUGGAACUGGGCCAAUUCAAGAAUUUCACCAAAGUAUUUGAUGGAAGCCAUGUUGAAAGACAAGCUGGAACUGCUAUUCCUUAUACAGCUUUGGAGUCAUAAGGCUUGAGAUACUGUAUAUCCCGAUCACCAUUAAUCAGCUAUGUAGGAAACAGAAUGUUAUUUUAACCAGUAUAUGCCAGAAGUAGCGCUUUGUGGUUUAGUCCGACCAAGGAAUAUUCUCCAUAUAGAGUUAUACAUUUCUGGCAUUGAUAUUUGAUUACAUAUGACAUUUUAGUUCAACUUAAAUAAUCUAUUUAGAUUCUCUGUGUCGUUUGAGUGCAGCAAUCACAAUUUGUUUGAAUGUAGGGCUGCUUGACAGAACGAAAUCAGCCCAUAGUUACUAAACACUGAGAGCCCAGAACUUUCUAGAACUGUCAUCAACUGGGCAAAGCGUAACUAUCUAUGAAUACAAAUAGGUGUUAUUGCACUGUUUGUUUUCUUCAGUACUGUUCAGAAAAGUAAUUGGAUGAGACUCAGAAAUGUACAUGCUGUUUUGUUCAGGAACUUAUUAGAUGGAUUUUAGCUAAUAAAAUAUUUUUUUUAGUAGUUUUGGAUGGUUUUGUUAUAUGUUGAUGUGUGAUUGAGUGUUGACAGGAAAGUGGCAUAAGCUAUUAAACCUUUGACAGGUGCCUUUUGAAGGGGAAAAAACUAAAAACAAAAUUUGGACUUGUUGUAUUGAUUAUUAUGUGUUUGUUUCUAUGUGUUGUUUUAAAGUCAUGAAGAGUGAUGAUUGUGGUGGAUUUUUGAAGUAGUUUAUUAAUUGUAGUGGAUUGGACGCAUUUUUUCCUGAUUUAAUUGAGCUAUUAGUAGUUUUUUCCCCUGACAACAUAUUUUUGAACACUUUACCCUCGUCUCCCUACCUUAACCUUAAUUUUUCUAGUGGUUAGUAGCAACAUAUAUAUAUCUGAAGUGUGCGUGCAUGUGUGAACUAGAGUUUGUGAUACAUACAGACACUUUAUAAUUUGCUUAAUGGAACAGAGACACUGAUUAUCAAGCAGUGAUAUAUUCACGAAAUCCCAAAGUCCUGGUUAAACAAAUCUAUAUUGUCAGGAAAACUAAGGCUCUAGUUGGAAUGUUGGUCAUGUUGUGUUUGGACCAGAAAAGAGCAAGGAAUAAGUUUGUUGUCUGUAUCUUUUGGCUUGCCUGCAAUUUGUCUCUUGUUUUUUAUUUAUUUUAUUUCUCCUUUUAGCGUCUGAAAGUUGUAACAGAUAUUGCACACAGCCAAUGUCAUGUAAACAAUGUUUAGUUUGUGUUAUACAUUCCAAAUGAAUGUUAAGUCUAGUGUCUCAGGUAGGGUUUCUACUGACCACACUAUGAUCGCCCUGAAUCUCCUAAUCACCGGCUGAUGGAAGGCAUGAUGAUGUCUCACCUGUAAACAUUGGUCACCGUCUUAUUUUAAUCAUCAGUGAUGAUGUUGGUCAGAAAUCUGAAGCAAACAUACAACAUAAAUUGGAAAACUGUCAAAGUAAUGGUCACAAUGUAAGGCCGUGAUAUUAAAUGUUUGUCAAAAUUAUUCUGCACUCGAAUUCUGUACUCGUUGUUAUGAUUCUGCAUUCCAUUUAUAUAGAUAGGCUGAUAAUAAAAUGUAUGCUCAUUCAAUAAAUUAUUGUUCAAGAACAAA